AUGGGUUGGAUUGAGAAGACCAACGAGCGGAUCGCGGCCGGCCCGGUCGGUCGCUGGUUUAAGCUUGAGGGCUGUGGACAUCCGAAAGAGAGAAAAGGCUCCCGCUUCUUCACCGAGAUACGAGCUGGCCUGGCGACCUUUUUUGCCAUGGCCUACAUUAUCGCCGUGAACUCCAGCAUUGUGUCCGACACGGGUGGCACAUGUGUGUGCAAUGAAACCCCCGCCCCGGGCGCUUUGCCCUGCGAAAACAACACCGAAUACCUGCUUUGCAAGGCCGAUAUUAAGAGAGAUCUUGUCACGGCCACUGCCGCCAUCGCCGCCCUGGGAACCGCGUGCAUGGGUAUCUUCGCCAAUUUGCCAGUGGGAAUUGCGCCCGGUAUGGGUUUGAAUGCGUAUUUUGCUUACACGGUCGUUGGGAAGCACGGAACCGGCCCGGUCCCGUAUGAGGUUGCUCUGACAGCCAUCUUUGUCGAGGGCUUCAUCUUUUUCGGACUCGCCAUUCUCGGUUUGCGCCAGUGGCUCGCUCGUGCCAUCCCCCGCUGCAUCAAGCUCGCAACCAGUGUCGGAAUCGGUCUCUUCCUGACUCUGAUCGGUCUGACGUAUGCCGAGGGUAUCGGUCUCAUUGUCGGUAGCUCGUCGACCCCGAUGUCGUUGGCCGGAUGUCUUCAGGAAGCCAUGGAUGAGGCUGGGCAAUGUCCGGACUCUGCCAAGAUGCGCAGCCCGAUGCUGUGGAUUGGCAUCUUCUGCGGUGGUGUUUUGACCGUCAUGUUGCUGCUGUACAGGGUUAAAGGCGCCAUCAUCGCUGGCAUCGUCCUCGUCUCCGUCAUCUCCUGGCCGCGCACAACCUCCGUCACGUACUUCCCCUACACCGAGCUGGGCGACGCCAACUUUGACUUCUUCAAGAAGGUGGUCGACUUCCACUCUAUCGGAAAGGUUCUCAACGUCCAGAGGUGGGAUAUUGGCGACUAUGGCGGACAAUUCGGCCUGGCUUUGAUCACCUUCCUUUACGUCGAUAUCCUGGACACCACCGGUACCCUCUACUCCAUGGCCCGUUAUGCCGACCUUGUCGAUCCCGUUACUCAGGAUUUUGAGGGUUCUACGUGGGCUUACAUGGUGGACUCUCUUACCAUCGCUAUUGGCUCGGUGUUUGGCACUCCUCCCGUCACUGCCUUUGUCGAAUCCGGCGCAGGCAUCGGUGAAGGCGGCAAGACGGGUCUGACGGCCCUGGCUACCGGGAUUUGCUUCUUCAUCUCCAUCUUCUUUGCGCCGAUUUUCGCUUCGAUUCCGCCCUGGGCUACCGGCUGCGUCCUCGUCCUAGUCGGGUCCAUGAUGGUCCAGGCCGUGACCGACAUCAACUGGCGGUACCUUGGCGACUCCGUCCCGGCCUUUGUCACUAUCGCCCUCAUGCCCUUUACCUACUCGAUUGCCGAUGGCCUGAUUGCGGGCAUCUGCCUCUACAUCUUGAUCAACACCCUGGUGUGGGUCAUCGAAAAGCUGUCGUUCGGCCGCAUUGUGCCCCCCAACAAGGCUAUGAAGGAGGAGUGGAAGUGGCAGACCGAGGGUGGCGUUAUCCCUGCGUGGAUGGCCCGUUUGGCCAAGGGCCGGAAGGACUUUUGGCGCGCCCCGCGGCAGCCAUCCGUGGCUGAUACCGAGGGCGUAUCGGAGAAGAUCGAGGGAAAGGCUGUUGACUCGGACAGGGACACUGUCCCGACAUCCCCCGCCGAGAAAUUAGCGUAG